UGAAACAGAUACCCUCGGCUGCAUUAUAAUAGCGUCUUGCUUUAUAUUACAAUACAUUUUUUUCUUUGUUUUAAGGGAGCAAUUCACACAGUAUUUUAAUUUGUUAACAUAACGGAUUAUGCGAAAAUAUUACGAUUUGGAAAUAGCGUUGUUCGGAUGGAUAUUUGUGUGUUUUUAUUAAAUUUUAUGUUAUAAUUAGGGGAUUUAUUUUCUGUGAGUGAAUCGACCAAUUUAUUCAAGGGCCCACCUGUGGUAUAACUCGAUGAUUGGAAGUGCUUCAAACGAACAUACCUGUGUUGCAUGGUAAAACAGAAACAUCUUUUUAUUUUUGAAAAAAAGUUCUGGCAUCGGAAAGGACAUAAAUUAAUUAGUUGACCUUGUUUUACUUUGACAGAUACAGUGUUUGUUGUUUUUUCUAGGCACGGAAUUAUAGUUGCGUGUGGUUUCGGAUGUGAUUACGGAAUAUAACUGACAGUAAAAGUGUGGUUGUUGGUUUUCUUUCACGAAAUUGACACAAGUGUAUGCUGAAGAUUUUUUGACUUGUCUCCUUCAAACAAGCGAGUGUAAAAGAGUUGUCGUAGGUAUUUCUUUCAAGACAUUGACACUUGUGGAUGCUGAAAACAUUUUGACUUGUCCCAUACAAUCAAGAGGGGAACCACAGACAUCAUCAACCGUAUACAGGCACAACUUGAAUAAAAUGCAACACUGACAUAAUCGUUCACAGUUUCAGACAACUGCAAGAGAACAAAUAUCCAGAUGUCAUCAGAAAGGAGGCAUGCGCCAAGGUGAAUUCUCCAUUUCAUUGAAAUUGGUUGUGUAUGCUUAAAUCUAUGUUCGUCUGAGAAAGAUAAAAGCUAAAAAGAGCUCUGUCACAUAAGGUAGCUUACAGAGUGUUGUUAAUCGCGACUGGAAUGCUAAACUGAAGCGUAUUGGAUGAAAACUCUGAGAAAUGACAAGACUUCUAUCGAUAAAAGAACAGUUUCAAAAUAUUGUUUGGGGAAAACUCGCACAAUAUUAAUUACAGCUCGACAGUUAUGUGAGUUUAUGAGGGGAGAAUGUAUUAUUUCCAAAUUAUGUGUUUAUUGAGUGCUUAUGGGUGCCAAUUAAAAGGCAACUAGUGGUACAUAGCUUGUUUGGAAUAAUUACUGGAAAAAAUAUUUCUGAUAUAAUAAUUGCCAAAAUUGUGUUUGAAAUAUUAGACGAAAAUGUUAUGAAAUUUGAUUUAAAAAGGUGACUUAUAGGUGAGAAAAAUAAAAUUAGCAAACAAAGUAUAAAAAAAAACAGUGAAACUUUUGGAAAACAUAGUAUACUGUAUAAAAACAAAUAUUUAAUGGCAUACGUAUAAUCCGUAAAUGCAAUUCAUUUAUCUUUGAAUGAGUGAAUGAAAGAAAAUAUAUUACAAGAUAAAAAAUAUUUAUAUAUCUAAAUGGAGUAUAGUGAGAUUUUAUCUUAUGACCCUGUCAAAUCUAACAAUACUGCGACCAGUAAUACAAAAACGCUUUGAUAAAUCGUUUAAUUGUGAAACAAAAGAAUAGUUUUGUGUAUCUUAAACACUAAUAACUAAUCGAUUUUGGUCAGAUAUUGAAUGUAUAACAGAUAUGGGCUGCAAAAGGUAUCAAUGCUAUUGGGAAAAUAUCGUCAGUUAAACAGUGGUGCUUUACAUGUGAACAUAGAUCGAAGGCGGUUUACAAUGACAUAUUAUUUGCCAUUGUGAUAUUUGAAUAUAUUAAUAGUGUCUUAAACGGCUAUUUAAAAACAAUGUGAUUUAAUAUUCAUCUGGACGUGUAUAGUUGGAAUAUUUUGUAAACGAGAAAAAAAAACAAAAAAAAAACAACUGAUAUACUGAUAGAAAAAAGUGUUAAAAAUACGAUAAGUGUAGAAAAUAGAGAAGGAUUAAGUAGAAUGCGUGGAAUUAACCUAAUAUGAUGUAAACUCUGAUUUCAUCGGAUGUUUAGUAGUUUUAUAUAUUAGAUAAUCUGUGUGAUAAAAGAACUUGUUGGACUUAUAAACAUGGAUAAUACAAGCCUUCCAGUUACGAACGUCACGGUGAUGUGCCCUCAUUUGGUUGUAAAUAGUACUCCACCAGGGUACUGUGAACCAUUUUUUGACCAGAUAUCAUGUUGGCCAGCAAUCCCUGCAAAUACUACAGCACAACAAAUAUGUCCAUUUCAGACGGAUGUUGACGUAACCUUACGAGCGUACAGAUAUUGUCCUGUCAAUGCAUCAUGGGAAAAUGGCAAGUCUGAUUACACAUCGUGUAUUAUUUACGAAACUUCAACUACAUAUCCAAUAGGUAUACAGCUAGCGGAGACAUUGAGAGACAUAUAUUUUAUACUCAGCCUUGUAUCGUUAGUUCUACUACUCGUCACCAUUUUCAUCUUCCAGUACUUCAGGUCUUUAAAUUGCAGUCGAAUAUCAAUCCACAAACAUUUGGUUGUGUCAUUUAUUUUCCGUUUUGUUGCUAACAUAGUCAUUACUGAGCCAUUUAUUUCCGGUCGUACAACGUCAUACAGAAAUUUCGACUGGCUUUGUAAAACUGUAACAGCUCUCUCCCAGUAUACAACGCUAGCAAACGUAUUUUGGAUGUUUGUGGAGGGUUUCUUUCUCCACCAUAGCUUAGUUUUGGGUGUAUUCAGUACACAAGCUCCGUUCAAAUUAUUCUAUUUUAUCGGUUGGGGUUUACCGGGACUCCUAACACUUGUAUGGGGUCUUGUGUUACAUUUUGUACACGACUCAUACUGUUGGAGUGAUUACUCUCAACUAAAUGUAUAUUACAUCAUCACAGUACCAUUUAUUAUCGCCCUUGUUGUAAAUCUUGUGUUUCUUGUCAACAUUAUCCGAGUUCUUGUUUCAAAACUUCGAGCAAAUAAUCAUAUAGAAUCAGCAAAUAUCAGAAAAGCAAUAAAAGCCACAGUGGUUUUAAUGCCAUUACUAGGGAUCACAAAUCUACUGUUUGUGAUGAGCCCAAGUAAAAAGGGAUCAUUAAAGGAUGCAUAUCACGUAGUGAAUGCUGUCCUUCAUUCGUCACAGGGUAUAUUAGUGGCGAUUCUGUACUGCUUUUUAAAUGGAGAGGUAAGACGUGUAAUUAAACAGAAGUGGUACCGAUUUAGAAUCCGCCACGGUCGGCAUCCUUCCGGGAGAAGACGAAGUUCAAGGACGUCGUCUUUCUUCUUACCUACCGGGACUGAGGAUGACGAUCUCUCGGAAACGCCGAAUCCACAGGCGAACGAAGUGGAACAAGACAGACUGCUACAAGCAAAUCUCGCUUUAAAAAGCGAAACGAUAGAAAACAACACUACAGCAAACCACGUGAUAACAAAUGGCAACACCGUUGACACGUCGAGUACGACGCAAGCGUUUAUUAAACGGAACAAUAACAAUGGCACCGUGCAUUUUGACUUUGGGUAUAAUGUGGAACGGGAAACAGUAUUAUAAUUAGGUGGAAAUUAUAUACAAGUGUAUAAAUUUGUGCAUAAUGUGAACAGACUUCAUGAACAAAGAAGAUAUUCGCAAGUGCCUGUGGAUUGAAUGUGAUUCAAAGAAAGUGCUUAACCAAAUAGUAAUGUUUUAUAAACAUGCUAAAAUAUGUAUGUUUUAUAUUUAUAAAAAGGAUGAUGAAUAUCAUUCUCCUUAUUGUGAUUUCUAUAUUUUUGUAUAUGUCUCGUACAUUUAUUCUCCUCCGUGGUUACUUAUUUCCAACCAUUUUAUUUCAUUUUGUUAUGGAGUUGAAUCUCACUUAUUAAAGACAUUGAUUUUUUCUUUAAAUUUGUGGAGCAAAUAUUAACUUAACGUACAAAAGCAAGGUUAUUGGGGCAUCAUUUUUGUCAAUCAGUCAUUAAGUUUCUACCUUUGAAGUGGUCAACCCACUUAACACCGUUUAAUAGUCUUGUGCAGAUAUAUAAAAUAAAAUAAAAUGAAAUCCCUUAAGAACGCCGGAAACGACAAAAUUAAAAAUGUAGCAGGCUCGGUUUGAUUGAGCCUGUUCAUGGACGGUACUGGAAGGUGCAAGUUACCUUCCAAGCCCCCUAGCACUGCCUUAGGCAGAGUUCAAAAUUAAACACGAAAACAGAGAGAUCUUUAUUCUAUUCAUAAAAACUCAAAGCCAUGUUAUAGAUACAUAUCCCUGCCAAGUAACACAACCUUAGGCUAUUUUUGAUAGAAAUUCAUAACGACAAUAAUAUGUUUCUGAAAACCUCUUUCGGUUCCAGGGGUUAAGCCGUAGGAAAGUGCUAUUGUGUUUAAUUAAUUUUGUUUUAAACAGUUAUGUUUUAGUGCCUAUCCUUUUAAUUAUUUGUAAAUUGAAGAGUUAUUUCUCCCUCCAUUAUUCUAUCAAUAAUACGUAAUUCCGUCCUCUAUUAUUUUCAUAUAUGAUACAUGUUAAGCACUUGGGUAUUGAAACAAUAAACUAACUUAGUACUAUUCUCAAUAUAGAUUUUGAUUAUAUAGAAAUAAUUCAAUCUUUGUAAACUUUUAUAAAAUAUAAAGGUAUUCAGUUAUAAUUCUACCACCAUGUUAAACAAAAUUUGGAUGUUCGUAAACAUUGAACAUGAAUGUAAUGUUUUUGUUUUUAAAUAAUAUUUUCAUUGUUAAUAGCAAAUGCAAACAUUUGUUUGUCAUUUACGUAUGUAAACUCCUCGCAUGUUUCAUAUAAUUUAUAUUUUAAUACCAAAGCAAGCAGUGAUUGUUGCAAACGAUGUAUAUUAUUUGUUAUAAAUUAAAUUAUACUAUCUCUUCUUUGUGUCAAUUAAUAUGAAUGAGUGUACAUAUUGAAUUUACGCAUUAAAAAAUGAAAAUCAUAUUGAAGAAAAUAUUGUAAAUAAACUUGAAAACAAA